AUGGUUGGUGCAGCUGCCGACGACUCCCCCAGCUGCAAUCUCAACAAGGAGAGCGUUAGAUAUCGACCAAACACUCCUCUAGUUCUCAAAGGCAUCACUCUUAACAUCCAAGGGGGAGACAAGAUUGGGGUUGUUGGUCGAACGGGGAGUGGAAAAUCAACUCUGAUCCAAGUUUUCUUCAGGCUUAUAGAGCCUUUAGGUGGCAAAAUUACUAUUGAUGGGAUUGAUAUUUGCAAGCUGGGCCUUCAUGAUCUUAGGUCUCGUCUUGGUAUCAUUCCUCAAGAACCUGUCCUUUUUCAAGGAAUUGUAAGAAGCAAUAUUGACCCGCUUAUAUGCAUAUGGCAGAGCCUCGAACAUUGCCAGCUUAAAGAUGUUGUUGUUGCAAAACUUGAUAAACUUGAUGCUUUAGUGACUGAUAGUGGGGACAAUUGGAGUGUGGGACAGAGGCAGCUUCUCUGUUUGGGAUGGGUCAUGCUGAAGCACAGUCGGAUUUUAUUCAUGGAUGAGGCAACAACUUCUGUUGAUUCCCAAACUGAUGCAGUUAUACAAAAUAUCAUUCGAGAGGACUUCUCAAACUGUACAAUCAUCAGCAUUGCUCACAGAAUACCCACGGUCAUGGACUGUGAUAGGGUAUUGGUUAUAGAUACAGGAUGGGCAAAAGAGUUUGACAAACCAUCUUAUUUGCUCGAGAGGCCCUCACUUUUUGGGGCCCUGGUGCAGGAGUAUGCUAAUUGGUCAUCUAGAUUAUAA